GUUUUCAGUUCUCAUAUGCAUAAAGUAUUCGUUUACAUUAUUCAUUAGAAUACACAAAGUCAAAUAAAAGUCCUAUUUCUUAUUUAAAAUAAAAAAGUCAGUGUUCGGAUAUAUUGGUUCAUUCAAAGAUCCUGAGUAAAUUUGCAGCGUAAUACUGUGACUACAUAAAAGUGAUGGUCAAAUAAAUAUGUGGGUAAUUGUUAUAUCGAAGAGAUUUAUUAAAAUGGAAUUUAACAUUUACAUUAUAUCAACAUUUAUAUGUAACUUAAUUUUUGUACAAUCAAAUAUGACACCAAAUGACCCUGAACUGUUGGAACAAUUAUGGAUUCAGUUAUAUCGUUACUUACCAGGUCCAUCAAUGGGACCAAAGCUAUCUUCUGAUUUAUCUACGAAUAUUGAGCUUUCUGUAAGCAUCGAUAAUUUGGAAUUAUUAUAUCAUAAAAAUCAGUUGGUUUGCCGUGCAAGUCUAACAUUAUUUGCUGAGUGGCCAGUAACUGAUUCAAGAGUCACUGAAAGUACUUUGGUCGAUAUGGCCGGAGGUGGUGUUCGACUUGAUGUGGACAAAGUAUGGCAUCCUCAAUUAGUUAUUAAAGGUGCAUUCAGACAUGAUCGUUUUCACCAACGUUUAGAGUUGCGUAAUCUAUAUGCUGGAAGUAAUUCAUUCUCUAAAUCAACAAAUCCCACAAAUUCCUUGAAUAGAGCGCAAGCAGGGCUAGCUGCACGAGGAUUACCUAACGAAUCGUCAAUCCAAUCAAUCCGUUCUCAUAAUCGUGCUAAAACGUUGAAGGUAGUUCCAGAUGGAGAUGGGCCAAAUUAUUCAUUCAUGGAAAGCAUCGUCGUGGAAGUUCCAUGUCAAGAGCCAAAAAAAUUUCAUCAUAUUGGUGCUAUUGUUUGUCCAGUAUGGAUAAAACAAGAAGGCUUCAUGAAAACACAACCGAUCAUCAAGUGGACCGAACGUAAAUGUUGUUUGCUCUCAAAUGAUGUACAAAGAAAAUCAUCUUAUCUAAGUGUAACAAAACGCUAUGAUGAACAUAUCGAUAAAUCUGGUCCAGAUCAAAGUCUUGGAAUUAAUAUUUGUUUUUCACAAAGUGGCAGAAUAUUACAAGGUAGUUUACCUCCAAUGCUACUUGUAUUAAUUUCUAUUAUACUACUAUGGACAAAUCAACUGGGUACACAUAAUCUUAGUUGUACACAAUUAAUUCUAUUUUUAUUUUCAAUUUCAUUUUGGCUGUGGAUGAAUGAACAAAACUUAAAUAAUUCUAAAUUAUCUGGAUUUCUUAAUGUAUGGUGUUUAAUGUGUUCAAGUUCAAUUUGUUUAAUCUAUUUAUUUGUUUUAAUUCAUCAUCGGUUUGUUUGUCGAUUUCUUCAACGAAAAUAUCAACAUUUGAAUCGUUUGUCGUCAUUUGGCUUGAAUCAGAAUAAAACAACCACAACAGGUUUUAAUGCAGAGGGUCCAGUUAAUGAACGAAUGAAUGGACCAGGAUUAAUACAAACUUAUGGGUGCUGUGGAAAUUGUGGUGGAUGCCCUGAUUCAUGUACUAGUUGUGUAGCAGGAAGAACCAGUACAGGAUUUAUUUCAUCAAAUGGUACAGCCGUUUGUUAUAGUAACAGUAGUUGUGGUCUAUCUGGUGGAAGUGGUCAUGCAUGCCAAGCCAUACCAAUAUUGCAGACAAAUCCAUCUGCAAAUAAUAGUCCUGGACCUCUAGGAUUUACACAAGCAAUGGGCCAAUCAACCAACAAGAGAGAGAACUAUGGUGACAAUUAUUUAUGCUCAGGUAGUUCAGAAUCCGGUAAUGGAGUUAAUAAUGGUACAUUUCGUGGAUUAAGAUGGAGAAAUUCCCGAAGAGUUAAUAAUGUCAACUUAUUGGGUGGGGAUUUAAAUCAACCUGAUUGUCAUGUAUGCCAGUCACAUUUUCUCACUGAUAAUAAUAAUGAUAAUCAUGCUAAUUUAUCAUCAUCUCCUACAGCUGCUGCUUUCAACGUAUUUUGUCGACACCAGCAUUUGUGCAGUUCAUCUGUAACACCAUGCAUAAAUGUACAUAACUUUAAUGUAAAUAAUUAUCCUUCAUCUUAUUGUUUAACAGGAUUGAAAACUUUAAUAACUGUAUGCUUUUGUAUAAUGAGUACUAUUUACUGGAUAAGUAUAUUUGCACAAGGUACAUUACCUGAAACAUGUUUAGGUAUAUCUCUAUGUCAAAUCAUAGAAACGAAUCGUUCAUAACUCAUCC